AUGACGAGAAAGAAAUUUGCCACUGACUCUCCGACUUCACCGGAUCCGGUUGUCUCACUGAGCGGCGUGCUGCUACAGCAUUCUCCCACAAUCGAUUCUCCAUUGUUUGGCCGGAAAUUGAGCAGCGAGUGGCCUCUCCUUCUGAGCGAGGGCUUUCCCUUUCACCCCAUCGACUCCAUCGCCUCUCCGGCGUCACCGGAGCCCGAAUCCUCUGUGAGGGGCGAGCCUCGGCGGAGAUUGAUGUUCGAUCCGCCCGAAUCCUCUGUGGUUCAAGGGUGGGUACCCGAGUACGGCACAGCCCUCGACGACGACGUGGACACGGCUGGUUGGACGCAAGUCCCUGAGACUGAGGUGCAGCCCUCUCCGAUGAUUGAGGUGCAGCCCCCUCCGAUGACUGAGGUGAGUCGUCCUUUUAACGAUGAUUUGAACCCGUAUGUUAAGUCGCUUGCAGCCGGGCCCUUAAAUGAGAUUGAAACGUACUCCGGCUAUUUUGUGAAUGACUAUAGAUUUCACAUUACUGAUCGUGAUAGGGACAGUGCGACUGUGAACAGUGGAGUUUGCAUUAAAGGCUCGGUCUAUGACAGAGAUGUGCUAGACUUUUAUGGGCGUCUGCAAGAGGUUUACGUGUUGGAGUAUCCAGGGUAUCUAAUUAAGAAGAUAGUCUUGUUCAAAUGUGAAUGGUUUGACUUGUCGGCUCAGGGAACUUCUAUUGAUACGGACUUCAAGUUGCCACUUCUUCUUCAUCCCCUCGGUGGAAUCGUCGACAUUGCCGAUGACGAUGAACCAGAAUCAGAUGAUCAACCGUUGACAUCUGAUGACGACGAUAGUGAUGAUGACAGUAGUUAUUUGACAAUGUAUUUGUUUGUUUGGUUGAUGGAUAGUGGGGGUUACGCUGUCGAAAUUUCGUUAGAUUCAAGUAACAUGUCUCAGCGUAGAAGUUUAUUUUCGUUUGGUCGAUCUGGUCGGUCAGAUCGGGAUGAGCAGCCGAUUGAUGACACAUCUGAUGGGUCCGGUACAGGGAUUUCUGCGACUCCUGAGACUCCUCAGGCCUCUACUAGUUCACGGGCUAGACGGCCCAGAGGCCCUACAGCUGCCGACAUCAGGAACAGCUCGACUAAGGAAGCACAUGGGAGGAUUGUCUUUCAGAGGAUGUCUAAUGGUGCUUUGAUGGAGCCAGUGGGCCUGGCCAAAGCCUGCACUAAAGCAUUUAAGAGGGUGGAUAACCCAGGCGGGUACACUUGGAGGUUGACUCCCCCGGCUGUGAAGGAUUUGUACUAUGCCGAAUUACAGAAAGAGUUUGCUUGGUCGCUUGAGGACGAACUAUUGGUCAGGGUGAUGUGGGAACAGAAAGCCAGCAAGAGGUACAGUGACAUGAUGAGUGACUACAAGAGGAAGUUCAGGGCUAGUACCGAUGAAGGUCGGGAGAUGGAUAGACCCCUCUGGAUGUCUGCCGAAUUCUGGACAGGACUCCAGGCAUACUGGAGUCAGGAGGCUGUUCAGGCCGUUUUCCAGCGAGCACGUGCGAACCGGAUGUCUGAGCCCGAUGGACCCGGUACAGGGAUCAGCAGGCACGUGGGAGGGUCUCAGUCCACUCGUAUCCUGCAGCAGAGUCUGAGCUUGGAGACUGGACUCCCCCCGGCUGCACAGAACUAUAGCACCUUCCUCCGCCUCCACAUGCGCGAGGAUGGAACUUUUCUGUCACCGAGGGAUGAGAGACUAGAUGCGGAGAUUCGUCGCAUUGCUGUUGAGACUGGGCGAGAGGACCGGCUGCCUGAGAUCUACUUGGAGGUCGUACGGCCCGACAGGUCCCGGCUCUACGGCACUGGAAGUGCCGGUAGGAGCCAGGUUAGUAGGGGCUCUUCUCAAAGCACAGGCACUUCCAUGAUGUCUCAGCAGCUGUAUGAGACACGGAUCUCCACGCUGGAAGAGCGCCUUCAGGCCGAACAAGCAGCACGUGAGGCCGAACGAGAGGCUUCUCGAGCAGAACGUGAGGCCUUCGAGCAGCGUAUAGCUCAAUUCGAGGAGUUCAUGAGGCGGUCGGGUCAGCUACCUUGAGCAGCACUUCAUGUUUUGGAACUAUUAAUUUCAUGUUUUGGACUAUUUAAUUAAUUCAUGUUUUGGAACUAUUUGUUUGAACUAUGUUUAGGAACAAAAUUACA